UCUGCGUUUUUCAGCUAUCGAAAGGAAGUUUAAACUUGAAGAAGUUAAUUAUAUCGGUUUAAUUAUUUGACACAAUAUUCGGAAGUUUAAUCAUAAGAAGAAACAACAGUGCCGUUUCGUAUCAUAAUUUAAUUGAGAAAUGUUCAAAUGACGGGGUUAUUCAUUCCAGGGUUGAUUUUCUUAUUUACCAAGGCGGUGAAUCCUCUUUCAGAACCAUCCGGUUUUAUUGGAUGCUACUAUGAUCUAUUUGGAAGAACUAUUACUAAUGCCUUAACGCACAAAAAAAUGAAGAGAGAUGCAUAUGUAUUAGAAUGUAUCAACUAUUGUGAAAGAGCCCAUUAUAGAUACGCCGGGGCAAAGUAUCACAGGCAACACAUGCACUGUUAUUGUGGCAACAAAACACGAUAUCAUAAUGUUGAAUCAAUGUGCGAUUAUCCUUGCCCAGGCAGCGGUAAAAAGGAAUGUGCGGGAGCAGGAGAAAUAACAUUGUUUAGAACUAUUCACGAUGGAAAUGACGACGAAAGUGACGGUAAAAAUGAUGAUGAAUAUAACGAUGAUGGUGACGAUGAAAAUGACGAUAAAAAUGAUGAUGAAUAUAACGAUGAAGGUGACGAUGAAAAAGACGGUGAAAAUGACGAUGGAAACACAACUCCAAUUAUCAUAUCUGUCAUAAUCCUUGUAGUCAUAGCAACUGGGGCUGUCAUUUUCUGGAUAAAAUGGCAAAGAUGUCAUAAUGACAAACAACAAUUCCCUGAAGUAAAGCCUGUCCAAAGAACAACAAGGCAAGAAAACGCAAUGUUCCAAACUCUUCCAGAAAUAUCAACGUCGAUUUAUUCAACCGAAACAGCUGACAACCCUUACAAUUACACCGAGAUAACAGAUCUUCAAAAUUCACCAACCAGUCCAAAACCUGUCCUUGAUGUCUCUGAAACGAUGUCAAAAGGCUUAUAUGACCGUGCUAAUUCAAGACCACCUCUAAACGCACCAAGCCAUUCGAAUUACAAUCAUAUUGUGAUCAACAAAGAUGGAUUGACUUCCGAAAACAGUUAUUCGUGUACGGAAAAUCUUCGUAGACAUGAAGUUCUUCUAUCGACACUAGGGAAGAAUAAUGAAAGCACAUAUAACACGCUGACUGAGGAUGCCCAUAGCAAUGUAAAUGUUGACUUAUAUAACCAUGCAGGUGUGAGAUUAUUUUCCACCAAUGUCAAUAAGCCUGGAACUGGAAGCAAAGAAUAUUCCCAUUUAACAAGCGUGGAGAGAGAACACAAUUGAUAUGAAAGAUAUGUCGUAACAAAUUUGAUAAUGAUUUAUUAAAGUGGACACAAAAAGCUGUGAAAGGGUGGCAUUUUGGAGAAAAAUGAUAUAAUAAUGUGGUUUACAAUUGUGACGAAAUUGAGACAUUGUUUACAUAUGUACAAGAAUUGUUAAAUAAGAUCAAUUGAAUUUUUAUUUUAAGAUAUUCAUUUUUGUACAACAUGCUAUGGACAUAUUCAAAUGAUUAAAUGAAUGUUAAAUUAGUCAAGUCAAUCUAAUCGAAUCCAACCCCCAAGUGUUUUGUAUUAUCUUGCAUUAUAACUGUGAUUAUUUGAAUUCCAAAAUGUAUUCAAAACUGUAAAGCAAGCAUACUUGUAAAUCAAAAAGAUAUGUUGUAUUAUAUUAGCUCAAACAUGCCAUUCGUCAAUGUCCGUGUUUAUCAAAAAGGGACCAACAGUGUUCAAACCGUUACAAAUCGAAGUAUACUUAUUUUCACCUACAAUGCGGUUAAAAUAUAACAUAAAUUUA